UCCGGCGGGAGGCGGGAGGAGAGGAGCGGAGCGGGCGCCGCGGGGCGAACGCAGCGCUGGGCGCAGUCUCCAAUGAGCGGCGCGCGGUCUGCGCCCCUGAUGCCCCGAGUCCACGGCGCCCCCUCCUCACGGCUUACUCGGUGCCAGAUGAGGAAACUGAGGCCCAGGGGUGCCAAGCGACUUGCUUAAGGUCCAGUAGCAAACCGGAACCCCUCGCCCCACAGACGAUGGCUUUGCCCCCGUGAGCUGGAGCCUGCGCCCCACCCCCCGCCCCCCGCCCCCGGGCCCGCCCAGCACCAGCCGGCAGGAUGCGGCUGUGGAAGGCGGCGGCGGCGACCCUGGCCUUCAUGAGCGUGGACAUCGGCGUGACCACGGCCAUCUACAUCCUCAGCCACCCGGACCGCAGCCUGCUGGAGGACAUCCGCCACUUCAACAUCUUCGACUCGGUGCUGGACCUCUGGGCCGCCUGCCUCUACCGCAGCUGCCUGCUGCUGGGGGCCACCAUCGGCGUGGCCAAGAACAGCGCCCUGGGGCCGCGGCGGCUGCGGGCCUCGUGGCCGGUCAUCGCCCUCGUGUGCCUCCUCGCCGGCAUCUACACCAUGGCGAAGCUGCUGCUCUUCUCCGAGGUCCGCAAGCCGGUGCGGGACCCGUGGUUCUGGGCCCUGUUCGUGUGGACCUACGCGUCGCUGGCCGCCUCCUUCCUGCUCUGGUGGCUGCUGUCCACCGUGCGGCCGGGCGGCAAGGCCCUGGAGCCGGGGGCCGGCGCCGAGGGCUUCCCCGGGGAGGACCGGCCCGGGGAGGACCGGCCCGCGGCCGAGCAGGCGUCCGGGGCCACGCUCCGGAAGCUGCUGUCCUACACCAAGCCCGACGUGGCCUUCCUCGUGGCGGCCUCCUUCUUCCUCAUCAUCGCGGCUCUGGGAGAGACCUUCCUCCCCUACUACACGGGCCGGGCCAUCGACGGCAUCGUCAUCCAGAAGAGCAUGGAGCAGUUCAGCACGGCCGUCGUCGUCAUGUGUCUGCUGGCCCUCGGCAGCUCGUUUGCCGCAGGUAUUCGGGGCGGCAUUUUUACCCUCAUAUUUGCCAGACUGAACAUCCGCCUCCGGAACUGUCUCUUCCGCUCCCUGGUGUCUCAGGAGACAAGCUUCUUUGACGAGAACCGCACAGGGGACCUCAUCUCCCGCCUCACCUCCGACACCACCAUGGUCAGCGACCUGGUCUCCCAGAACAUCAACAUCUUCCUGCGGAACAUGGUCAAGGUCACGGGCGUGGUGGUCUUCAUGUUCAGCCUCUCGUGGCAGCUCUCCCUGGUCACCUUCAUGGGCUUCCCCAUCAUCAUGAUGGUGUCCGACAUCUACGGCAAGUACUACAAGAGGCUCUCCAAGGAGGUCCAGAACGCCCUGGCCAGGGCCAGCAACACGGCCGAGGAGACCAUCAGUGCCAUGAAGACCGUGCGGAGCUUCGCCAACGAGGAGGAGGAGGCGGAGGUGUACUCGCGGAAGCUGCAGCAGGUGUACAAGCUGAACCGGAAGGAGGCGGCCGCCUACAUGUACUACGUCUGGGGCAGCGGGCUCACGCUGCUGGUGGUCCAGGUGAGCAUCCUCUACUACGGGGGCCACCUCGUCAUCUCCGGGCAGAUGACCAGCGGCAACCUCAUCUCCUUCAUCAUCUACGAGUUUGUCCUGGGGGACUGCAUGGAGUCCGUGGGCUCCGUCUACAGCGGCCUGAUGCAAGGCGUGGGGGCGGCCGAGAAGGUGUUCGAGUUCAUUGACCGGCAGCCAACCAUGGUGCAUGAUGGGAACCUGGCCCCUGACCACGUGGAGGGCCGCGUGGACUUUGAGAACGUGACCUUCACCUACCGCACUCGGCCCCACACCAAAGUCCUGCAGAACGUCUCCUUCAGCCUGUCCCCAGGCAAGGUGACGGCGCUCAUCGGGCCCUCGGGCAGCGGGAAGAGUUCCUGCGUCAACAUCCUGGAGAACUUCUACCCCCUGGAAGGUGGCCGCGUGCUGCUGGACGGGAAGCCGGUCAGCGCUUAUGACCACAAGUUCCUGCACCGAGUGGUCUCCCUGGUGAGCCAGGAGCCGGUGCUGUUCGCCCGCUCCAUCACCGACAACAUCUCCUACGGCCUGCCCGCCGUGCCCUUCGAGGUGGUGGUGGAGGCCGCGCAGAAGGCGAACGCCCACGGCUUCAUCAUGGAGCUGCAGGACGGCUACAACACAGAGACCGGGGAGAAGGGCGCCCAGCUGUCCGGCGGCCAGAAGCAGCGGGUGGCCAUGGCCCGGGCUCUGGUGCGGAACCCGCCGGUCCUCAUCCUGGACGAAGCCACCAGCGCCCUGGACGCCGAGAGCGAGUACCUGAUCCAGCAGGCCAUCCACAGCCACCUGCAGAAGCGCACGGUGCUCAUCAUCGCGCACCGGCUGAGCACGGUGGAGCGGGCGCACCUCAUCGUGGUGCUGGACAAGGGCCGCGUGGUGCAGCAGGGCACCCACCAGCAGCUGCUGGCCCAGGGUGGCCUCUACGCCAGGCUGGUGCAGCGGCAGAUGCUGGCGCUCGAGCCCGCCCUGGGCUGCGCCGUUGACCACAACGAGCCGCUGGGCGACGGCUGCCACAAGGCCUGACGGUCGGCCCCGCGCCCGCCUGGCAGACGCACCCGCAGGGCGCAGCCCGGGCCCACGGCACGGGGGACCACCUGCCACGUCCCACGCGCCUCUGCUUCCUGCAUCUCGCCCCGGUCCCUGUGCCGCCCCCGCUGCCGUGGCCGCCCCCGCCAGCCUGGGCAGGGCAGACGCCGUGGGCCUCUCCCUCCGGCCUCCCGAGGCUCCCACGCGAAGGUAGCACCACCUUUUUACACUGAGAUCUUACCAGGUUUUUUUUCUACCGCUUGGUGUGAUGGGCCCCAGGCAACUCCCAGGUUUCAAACACUUUUUUCUAAUUGGGAGUCAUGGUGGGCAAGAUCACGGAGAUGUUCUAGAAACUUCUGAGCCAGGAGUAAAUGACCCUAAUAGCCUGGGGGAUGUCAAGGGGAACUAGGCCUUUACCCUUUGACCCUGGAGAGAAGGGGCUUCCCUGUCCCCGAGGGCGGACACAGGGACUUUCUGUCUCUGCCUCCUCCCAGCUGGGUGAGUCAGGCCCGGGGUGGGGGGGCGGGGAGUGUGGAGGACACCCGUCUGUCCGACACCUCCGCCACCCUGCUGAGUCUAAGCCAGUCUCACUGUGAACCACUGUGAACCUCACCUGGGGGAGGAAGGGGCUGGUCAGGCCUGGCGGAGCCUCGGAGUGACUGGCCCAGCACCCAGCUUCAGCCCCUGCCCCGCCCCCCACUGGCUGGCAGC